AUGGGACUUGAGGAGCAACUAGUGCAGGCCUGCGAGCGCAGCGACGCACCUGCUGUGGCGCGCCUGCUGCAGCAGGGGGCCAACCCUGCAGCCGCUGUGACCGACCCUUCCAGCUACCACUACCAGUGGAAGCCCCUGCACACCACCAUCUACAACGCCAAGGGGAGCUCCCAGGUGGUGGAGCUGCUGGUGAGCCAGCAGGGCGUGGACGUCAACGAGCCCACCGCCAACCCGCAGCACACCACCCCGCUGCACAUCACGGCUUGGCACUGCCCCUCCCUGGUGCCCCUACUGCUGAAGCAUGGGGCACGAGUGAACGCCACAGACGGCUACAGGCAGACCGCGCCGCAUGAUGCAGCGUUCCACGGCCAUGCCGAUGCCGUGGCGGCGCUGCUGUAG